AUGCUUACGGUUUCUCAUGAUGUGCCUGAUACAAACCUCUUCCUUCCACGUUCUGGAAACCAUUUUUCAGGAUACUUCUCCAAGGAGUCUCCGCAAGACAGUGCUAUCACCCGAGACAUCAAUCGAACGUUCCCUGCUCAUGAUUAUUUUAAAGAUACUGGGGGAGAUGGCCAGGACUCCCUGUACAAAAUAUGCAAGGCCUACUCUGUCUAUGAUGAAGAGAUUGGCUACUGUCAAGGCCAAUCGUUUCUUGCUGCUGUGCUGCUUCUACAUAUGCCUGAGGAGCAAGCUUUCAGUGUUCUGGUCAAAAUCAUGUUUGAUUAUGGACUCAGGGAACUUUUCAAACAAAACUUUGAAGAUUUGCACUGCAAGUUCUAUCAGCUGGAGCGCCUCAUGCAGGAAUACAUUCCUGAUCUGUAUAACCACUUUCUGGACAUUAGCCUUGAAGCGCACAUGUAUGCUUCCCAGUGGUUCCUUACCCUGUUCACUGCAAAAUUCCCUCUCUACAUGGUCUUCCAUAUUAUUGACUUACUCUUAUGUGAGGGAAUAAGUGUUAUCUUUAACGUUGCACUGGGAUUAUUAAAAACUACCAAGGAUGAUUUGUUACUGACUGACUUUGAAGGGGCUUUAAAAUUCUUCCGUGUACAGCUGCCCAAGAGAUACCGUUCGGAAGAAAAUGCAAAAAAGCUGAUGGAAUUAGCAUGUAAUAUGAAGAUUAGCCAGAAGAAGCUGAAGAAAUAUGAGAAGGAAUAUCAUACCAUGAGAGAGCAGCAAGCUCAACAGGAGGAUCCUAUAGAAAGAUACGAGCGUGAAAACCGGCGCCUACAAGAAGCAAACAUGAGGCUUGAGCAAGAAAAUGAUGAUCUUGCACACGAACUGGUGACUAGCAAGAUUGCUUUGCGAAAAGAUUUAGACAAUGCGGAGGAAAAGGCAGAUGCUCUGAAUAAGGAACUGCUAAUGACCAAGCAGAAGUUGAUUGAUGCAGAAGAAGAAAAGAGGCGCCUAGAAGAAGAAUCAGCUCAGCUGAAGGAAAUGUGUCGUAGGGAACUAGACAAGGCAGAGUCAGAGAUCAAAAAGAACAGCUCUAUUAUUGGUGACUACAAACAGAUUUGUUCCCAGCUGAGCGAGCGACUGGAAAAGCAACAAACAGCAAAUAAAGCUGAAAUUGAGAAAAUACGGCAAAAAGUGGAUGACUGUGAGCAUUGCCGGGAGUUCUUCAAUAAAGAAGGCCGUGUGAAGGUUGCUAGUUCUGCCAAGGAUGGUUCAGAUGAGGACACAGAUGAGGAGAAGGAAACGCUGAAAAACCAGCUGAGGGAAAUGGAGCUUGAGCUGGCCCAGACCAAGUUGCAGCUUGUGGAGGCGGAAUGUAAAAUACAGGAUUUGGAGCACCAUUUGGGUCUGGCAUUGAAUGAAGUACAAGCUGCAAAGAAAACAUGGUUCAACAGAACAAUAAGCUCUAUAAAAACAGUGACUGGAGUCCAAGGAAAAGAGACUUGUUGAAAAGCAGUUCUGUCAAACACACCUUCUUAACACAACACCUUUUGUUGCCUUCCUUGGCCAGAUGUUUAAUUCUGUGACAUGAGAGGACCAGAAUGUAAAUAGAAUAGAGACACAGCAUGUCAGGAUUUCAAUAGGUCAGUGAUAAAGAGGAUGGAAACACAAGACAGGUUUUAUUGCUAGACAUGGGAUCUUCAUACUACUGAUAUUUAACAGGUGAUGUAGCUAGAUUGAAGCUCUUCAGAGAAACACUCCAUUCUGCGGUCUGGCUGGAGGCUUUUCACAGACUAGGUACGAGAACUUACCAAACCCUAAUUGUUAAGUUUACAUAUGAUAGGUUUUUUUACAGUUACAACCUUUUUUAAUAUUUUAUUUGAAAGGAAAAGUGUCACUAACAAAGUAAAAAAAAGAAAAAAAGAAAAAAGGAAAAAAAAAAAAAGAAAAAAAGGAAAAAACAAACAACAAAAAAAGACAACUUUAGCAAGAACUACAUCAGUGCCAGAAAGCAGUCCCCAGAGGUAGGAUAUGGAGAGUAGGAGGUGACAUGUUUUGCUUUAUGAAUGGGGAUGAUUUCAGCAUUCCUGUCGAGCAACCCCACUUUGUUUCAGUAGAUGCAGCAUCCAUCUCUCUGUGUUUGGCAUUUCUUUCUGUUACUAAUCAAUUCUAUGCAACUCUGGGCUUUUUUGGCAUGGGCUGCCAAACAAAUUCACAACCUGAGGCUGGGAGACUUGUCUAAGUGCUAGACAAGAAUAAUCAGAAUUCUUGGCAAAUUUCCGUUUCACUUCUGUGUCAUAUUGUUUGAUCCACAUAUCAACAGCGUUAAAAUCCCCAACGCCAGGACUGCUAAUAAGUACUAAUUAUGUGGAUGGUCUGACAUUGAAUUGAGUCUUUUUGUUUGGUUUUUUGUCAGGUUUUUUUGUUUUGUUUUUGUUUGUUUGUUUUUACCCGGCUGUAGCAGGCCUUCUGUGAAGCUCUGAGAAAGCUUCCAGGAUUUAGUUUUGCACAUAGGUAUGAAUGGGACAAAGAACCAAUAAACUGAGAUAUAUAUGAGGCAAAAAUCACUGCGUGAGUGUAGCUGCGAGCAUCUAUAGCUAUCCAACUUGCUUCCCUGGUAACAUGUUUAGCGGUUGUGUAGGUCAUUUUUCACGCUCGAUGCAGUUGCACUAAUAGGUGCUAAACGUGUUUGGAUUUCUUAUUCAUUGGAUUGUCUUGAGUUCUCACCAGAAAGCUGUAGAAUGGAGUUUUGCACCUUGUAAUUUUUUUAAUUUAUAAUGGUUUGUGUUACGCUGAAGUGUCUAUUGCAUCAGUGGAUAAAUUUUGUGUGCAGUGUGAGUAUAAGCUGGUAACAAUAAGAGGCACUGGUUUGUAUAUAAAGAUAUUUGGUUUAUUUUGUAUUUCUACCUUUUUCUUGUUUACUGUACUAAUGCUAGCUAAUGUACUCUGUAACUACGGAAUAGAACAUGCUAUGUCCAAGCUUUUUUCCUUAACUACAUACAUUAUCUCUAUUGUUUAAUACCAAAAAAAAAAAAUACUGUAACUCCAUCAAUAUUAGAUGCGUGGACAUUGUGGUAGCAUAGUUGCAGUGUGUAUACUUUAUGAAUUGAAAUAUAAACUAGUAAAAUUGUAUAACUA